AUGGAGGUCAAACCUCGCACUAUGCCCAUUCAAGAGCCGGUUAUCGAGGAACAAUCCUUACCUUCCUCGACCGACGUCCCAAUCAGUGAGCACCCCGAGCACCCCGAACAUCCGCAACCGACCUCUCCACCUGCUGGCUUGACCAUUCCUGUGGUCGAAGUACAUGCCUCCCCGAACCCCCAUCUGGUCGAGCAGGCCCAGCUCAAGUGUCCUUUGGUCGAGGGGGAUGAGGGGACCAAUAAGUGUCCCCCCCUAGAGGAGACUGUUGUCGUUUCCGUUUCUGUACCUCCAUCACUGACCAAGGUCUGCCAGGAAGAGCUGGUGUCCUACCUCCAGAACAUUGUCCCUGCUGGCGAUCUUAAAGACGACAGUUGGAUUUGCAAAACCCGCGGGUAUCGUCUUGCGCGGUGGUUGGCGAAGGGAUUGGUCGAGCUUGUUCCUUUGGUCGACCAGACUGUGACCAGUGCAGGCUACUCGAUCCCCAAGCUCGAGAAAGGGAUCUGUAAGAAAGCGAACGAGCAUACCGCUCGGUGCCACGAGCUUCGUGAGCAGCGGAGG